UUCUUUGGCACAUCUUCUAAUCGCCACCUCGUACCGUUUGGUAGUUUAACAAGUGAUCGCGUCCGGUCGAACACGUCUGCCGCCCACGAUCGCGUUAGUUUCCAUGUAAAUCGCAGUCGUCAGACUGAUCUAGCUGUCCGUUCUUAAGUUUUUUAAAUAUAAGUGUGUUACAAUCGCAGUGCAAAAUAAAACAAUUUAUGUUGCAAGAUCAAAUUCAAGUUUUUCCACGAUUUCAUAUAACUAAAACAAUUGAUUAGGCAGACAUAUCAGGAAACGUCAUUAAAAUGACCAGAUGAUCAUAAACAUUUAAAAGGCUUUUGUACUAGCUGAAGCAAUAAAGUCAAUUUGUUUUUGUCCUCUCAUCAUGGCCAACUCUACUUCAGUAACUAAGUGCACUGAUUUCUCAGUAUCAAGUUUAUGUAGAGACAUGAAAACGUCACCACCUGAUCCAGCUAUUAUAAUUGGAGGCACCGGCAAUAACAUGAAAUUAUCUCUACCUUUGACAGCUUGUUCACCAUUUUCUACAAAUUUAAAUGGACCCACAGCAUCAAUAACGACCACUGGCCGAUCGUCUUCGAUGUCAUCGUCGUCACCGCCGUCACCGUCACCAGCUACACUUAGAGAACUUUAUGCGAUGGCGGCCAAUCAACAACACCAACAGCAGUCCCGUCUACUUGAACUAUCUAACAGAUACCAUAGGUAUCCAGAGAUAGCCCAUCACGUUUUCAAUCAACAAGGAGCUGUCACUAAACUUCUCGGAACUUUGAGACCGCCUGGGUUGAUCGGUGGAAGCAAACCCAAAGUGGCCACGCCAGCAGUGGUGUCAAAAAUUGAGUUCUAUAAACGAGAGAACCCAACCAUUUUCGCUUGGGAAAUACGAGAAAAGCUCAUAUCUGAAGGAGUGUGCACUAAUGGCACGGCGCCGUCUGUGAGCAGUAUCAAUCGAAUAUUGAGAAACAGAGCGGCCGAAAGGGCAGCAGCCGAAUUUGCCAGGGCUGCCGGAUACGGUCUAUAUCAAGUAUCACAUCCGUACGCUUCUUUUCCGUGGCCGCCUCAUCCCCAUAGUUUGUGGCCCGGUGUCACGUCCGAUGGACAAGCCGCACCGGCAGUCAAUACUGGCGGGUUAUCGCAUACCGGUACGGCGGCCGCUAUCGCUGCCGCGGCCGCUGCAGCAGCCAACACAGUGACGAAUAACAAAAGUUCACAAAUGAUCAAUGCACACCAGCAAUGCAUGUUAUCAGCUCGAGACAUGAUGCCCAGACUUUUAUCAACAGAAGGUGACAUUAAAGAUGACGAAAGUAUCGGAAGUGGAAGUGGUGGCGAACAACCAAAAUUUAGGCGAAAUAGAACAACUUUUAGUCCAGAUCAACUUGAUGAGUUAGAAAAAGAAUUCGAUAAAAGUCACUAUCCUUGUGUGAGCACUAGAGAGAGACUAGCUGCCAAAACGAGCUUAUCAGAAGCAAGAGUACAGGUGUGGUUUUCGAACCGAAGGGCCAAAUGGCGGCGACACCAGCGCAUGAACAAAUCACGUCGUUCGACUGGUAUGGCGGCCGCUUCAACUGUUUCGGGAAGCAGUGGCGGCUCAACUGGUACUCCCACGCCGCCUGUCGUGUCGCCAAUGUCUGAUGCCAUGACAAUCGCAGGCGGCAGCGUAGUGCCGUCUCGCUGUUUGGGAAGUGGCGAAACUAGCGCUUUUCGUUCGCUAGUACCCUCGUUUCGCGAUACACCGACCGACAAUGGAUACGGUUACGCCGCGUCCGAAUCGUCUGAAGAGAUCAACGUGACCACUGAUGAUGAUGAACCGACGGGCGACGACAACGGUGAACACCGUUCGAAUGGAUCAUCGCCGUAUAACAAUAACAAUAACAUCGAAGACAACAGCGGCAGUGAUACUCGCAAAGACACAUUGACCGUAGACGAACAAAGACAGUCACCAUCACCACUUUAUCGUUUUUCUGGUGAUCGUCAACCAUUUUUCGGACUAGGUGAUCCAAAAUCUGCGGAUCAUCACCAUAACGUAUUGUCUUCAAUAGCCUCAUGGAGAGAAAUGGCUGCGUUCACGGCACUUCACCACCGCGCAAUGGAAUCGGAAGCGGCCGCAAAAGUGGCGGCUGCGGCAGCGGCAGCGGCAGCCACCGGAGUACAACCAUUGCAAUUAACUAAGUACGACAAAGACAGAGCGUGAAGUACUCAUGUGAUAAUUUUUUAUUGGCUUUAGUUAAAUAUUCAUUACAUUUUAACUGUUGACGGUGAAUUUGAAAUCAUAAAUCAUACUACUGUCCAGAAUUAAAUUAUUGUAUUACUAAGAAUUGAUAAAAAUCAAUUGGUAUCGUUCGAAAAUCACAUGACAAUAUGUUUUUAUUUCAUUUCAAGUAUCGUUGAAGUAAUAAUUGAGGUGGUUAAAUGGAUUUUGUUUUGUAAUUAUCUAAACAAAUCACAAAAUGUAUCAUAGAAUUUUAGCUUUUAAGGUUCAACUAAUAAUUAGUAAAAUUAUUAAUGAAAAUAAAUUUAGUUUAAGUAGUUAUUGAGUGUCUGGGAAAUAAAAACAUUACUUUAUUAGAGAGGUAAUGAUAUCUACAUAAGCCUAUAAGUGCUUUAGACUUAAAAAACUGUAGUGUAGUUAAUAUAACUAUUGAAAUUUAUUUUAAAAUUAGUGAAGUUUUUUAGUAAAAAUUUAAGAGUGUGAAUCGUUUUUGUUAUUACGAAAUAGUAUCUGUAAAAAUUACUAUAAUUAUAAAUAUUUUUUUUUUUAUAAAUAUAAGAAAGACGGGGCUACAGUUUUAUAAGUCCUUUAUUAGUUUUUUGAACGGAAGUAUGUUUUCACACGCAAACUAUUUUACUACGUCAUUUAGCGCACAAAUUAACGAGUAAACAGCCAUAAUUUUUUCGUAUUCUUUUUAAUAAUAAAUCUGCAGCUAUUGCUAACCAAUAUAAUAGUAAAUAUAACACAUGUAGAAAAUACUACAUUACAAUUCUUAGGAGGAAUUUUUAAUAUGCAGAAACAAAAAAAAGAAGAAAAAACGUUUUUUUGGUUAAUUUCAGAAGAUGGACGGUUCUUGUCAAUAAUUACUGUAUACAGACUUUAUGAUUUAUAAGAUCAAUUUCGAAAGGAAUUUUCAUUUAUAACAUUUUUAAUGACUUUUGAAAAUAAUGAUUUUUUACUCGACCAUCUUCUUGAAAAAUAAAUAGUUCAUAUUUAUCAUUCUUCAAAGAAAUUAAAGCUAUGUUACUAGGAUAAUUUUGUAUUUAUUUUUAUUCUAUUGUCUUGUCUGUGAUAUAUUAUUAUUUGUUCAGCCUAUAUGAACAUUUUAUUUUUUAUUUUUUUGUUGUAUUAAAAAUGUUAAUUAAUUUUAUUUAUUCCUAUAUGCAAAUUCAAGUGUAGAUACUGUAUCAUAUAUUCACUUUUAUAAAACUAAGUUAUUACAGCAUAAAAAGUACGAAAUUGUAUAUAUUUAAUGCACAAUAAA